AUGUCAUGUUUAAGAUCAGAAGGGGCCCUAUCACAGGCAGCAACUCCUACCUUCUUACGUUUGCCUGUUGAGACUCGAAAAAACAUCUACAAACGAGUGCUUGCUAUACCGCACCCGUUGUUUCUUUUCCAAGGCCCCCAAGGCCCAGUGGAAACCUUUGCGCCCCAAAAGCCUCGCGGGUGGCUUGCAUUGCUCUACACCAAUCGACAGAUAUCCGACGAGGCGAGUGCGAUCCUCUACGGCAUGAACCAAUUCACCCUCGAAGAAAUGGAAACACAGUCCCACCGGGCUGGCCUCCUCGAGUCUUUUCUUCGGUGUAUCGGUCCUGGGAAUGCAGCUUCGCUGUUCCAUCUAUGCAUCAAUUUCCCAGCUCUGGAGCAGAUGACGGAUACUUUGGAAGGGAUCAAGCUCAGAGAAGAUGGCCAGCAGAGUCUGGAGCUUCUCCAAAAGCAGUGCGUUGGGUUGAAGACUCUGGAAAUCGUUUUAUUUAGUCAGAAUGCAGAAUUCUGUAGUCAAGACGACCAGGAAAACAUCAGAAGUCUUCGAGAUGUGUUGUUGGGAAUGGAUAUGCAUUUCAGGAGCAUUGCUUCGCUGAAUAAGAUCGUUCUCAGGGUCUGCAGUGAGCCUCCUGCCCCUCCCUUGAAGGAAUUCGCUCAGGAACUUGGAUGGGUUGUUUUGCUUGGUAAUAGAUAG